CCUCUCUCUCUCCCGUUGCGUCGCGGACGAUCGAGCUCCCGCGAAGCGGCGCGCCGGGGGUGGGGGCCGAAACGAGAAGCCGGCCGCCGGUGGCGCGGGUCAGUCUGUCGGGCAACCGGUCGGUCGGUCGCUCGCUCUCUCGUUUCUCGCUCUGUCCGCGCUCUCCGCUCGACUCGACUCUACCGCGUAUCCGUACUACUCGCGCUUCGCAUCGCGCACGCAUCGCAACCACGUUCCUUCGUUCCUUCCUUCGUUUCGCGACGACGAGUGCGUGCAGAUCGAAAGAGGGAGAGAGAGGGAGGAAGAGGGAGAGAGCGUCUCGGAUCGGGUCCAAUUUUCGCUCGCCUCCGCGCACAUCCAGGUGGAUAUUCAGGGGGAUGCGCGCGCCUAACCUUUAACCCCGGACGUGGACGGGCCGGACGUGGCAGGACGUGGCGCGCGGCGAGUCGGUGACCUUGGCUAGGAAAAGGGAUAAUGCGGAGAAAGGAUCGUCGUUUACCUCUGCUCGGACGGAUCGAUCUCCUCUCGUUAGGACGUGUUCGUGUCACGGCGGAACAAAAGGUGUAACGGAGAAAACGGAGCGACGAGGAGGCGAGGGAGGAGGAGAGGAGGAGAGCAGGAGCGCGAGGUGAUGUUGCUGGAGUCGCGAGGUGGUCUCGCCGGUAGGAAGAGAAACGGAUUGACGGUGUCUUCGUUCGGUGGCGGAGGUGGCGGCGGUGGCGGCGGCGGCGGAGGCGGAGGCGGAGGUGCCGGCUGCGGCGGCAGCGAGGAGGACGACGAGGAAUCUCGACAUCUUUUUCUUGGAAGAAAAAUGCAGACCGAGGGAUCCGCCGCCUCCACCGCGGUCUCCACCGGUUUGUCACCGGGGUGUACGCGCGACGACGGCGACGAUAGUUCCACCCCUUCGCCCAACGCCAGCCUUCUCAACAAUCUGAACAACAAUUGCAACUCGAAUCGACAAUGCGCCACCGACUUUAGCAUCGCGGCCAUCAUGGCGCGCGACUCGAGGCAACAGCAACACCAACAACCCCAACAACUCUCGCCCCAUCACUCGCAAACCUCGCCUUCUCAGCAGCAGCAGCAGCAGCAUCAGCAACAACAACAGCAACAGCAGCAGCAGCAACAGCAACAACAAUCUCAUCAUCAUCGUCAGUUACAGCAACAGGCCGUCGGCGGUGGAAAAUUGCAUCAACACGAAAGGGAACCGAGCGUUUCUGGCGUGGUUCGGGGUGGCGGUGGCGGUGCAGCUCCUCCCACGCCGAUCCAGGAGGCUAUCCUGGCGGAAGACGAUCCGGAAACGGACGACGCCGGAAGUAGCAGCGGCAAAGUAGCUUCCCCCGUCAAUCCUCUCCUCCAGGAACGGUCCAACUGCGAAGAGCUCAGACACGUGGCGUGUCAUCUCGAGACGAAAGACUUGUGGGACAAAUUUAACGAGUUGGGCACCGAGAUGAUCAUCACGAAAACUGGCAGAAGGAUGUUCCCGACCUGCAGAGUGUCGUUCAACGGAUUGAAGCCGGACAGUCGAUACGCGGUGUUGAUGGACAUCGUCCCCGUGGAUAACAAGAGGUAUCGAUACGCGUAUCACCGAAGCUCCUGGCUGGUAGCGGGUAAGGCCGAUCCACCGGCACCGGCCCGCCUCUACGUUCAUCCCGAUUCCCCGUUCACGGGGGAACAGCUUCGAAAACAGGUGGUCUCGUUCGAGAAGGUCAAGUUGACCAACAACGACAUGGACAGGCACGGGCACUUGGUGUUGAACUCGAUGCACAAGUAUCAACCGAGGAUCCACCUGGUGAAACGACCGGACUCGGGCACGGCCAAACCUAUAACGGACCUCGAGAAGGAACCUCACAAGACCUUCAUAUUCCCAGAGGCGAUAUUCACCGCUGUCACCGCCUAUCAGAAUCAACUCAUCACCAAGCUGAAGAUCGACAGCAACCCGUUCGCCAAAGGGUUCCGUGACUCGUCCCGGCUCACCGAUUUCGAGAGCUUCCCUUUCAGGGAGACGAUGGAGUCGAUGCUCGCGGAGCAGCAAUCGCUCAGGUUCCCCCAUCGGCUCCCGUUCGAGAUGGAUCAACUUCAAGCGACGGCGGUGAGCAAUCUGAGCCUGGAGGAGAAGGCGCUCUGGGCGGCGCGCUCUCAGAUGCUGUUACGGGCGGCGGCCGCGGUCGCUGUCAGCCCUUACGCCCAAUUGGUCGGCCCCGCGGCCCUCGUCUAUCCCGGCGCCUCGUCCGCCGGAACCAGCCACCAACAGCAACAUCACCAGCAACACCAGCAACACCAGCAACACCAACAGCAACAGCAGCAGCAACAAUUGGGCCACUUGUGGUGGGCCUCGUCGAUCGGGCCCACCCUCUUCGCCGCGGCGCAUCAUCACCAUCAGCAGCAACAGCAGCAACAACAACAGCAACAGCAACAACAAUUGGCCGCGGGAUCGAGCGCGGGGCCAGCCGCUCCCCGCCCCCUCUACCCCUCCGCCUUGGCCCUGGCCCAUCAUCGAUUCUCCCCGUACCACGCGGCCAAGUCGUCCGCCACCUCGUUGGGCCCCUCGCUGUCCCCCUCGCCCUCCUCGCGGAGGGCCACCCCCUCGCCGACCGACAGCCUCGGAAGAGACGUUCGAGAUCUGUCGCCCUCGUAG